CAACGCUGCUAGACCGACCUACUUAUUUCAUUUAUUUCACUUCACACGACAGUCUCUGUUGUUUAACUGUUAUCGUUUCUUACUCACUCCUCACCCUUUAGUCGGCAAAUGUCUUCACUUCGUCCCUUCAUCCUUUCGAGAUACAUACAGACUUAAGCGUGCAGGACCCUUCGUCAUGCCAUAUUUCAAAGCUACGAACCCCGCGUGCUAUUAAUUGUUCAUAAUCCCCCCACCACGCGUUUCCCUUCAAGGAUAAGUAGUUAAAGCAGAUUGAUAACGUGGCGAGCUCAACAAAAAAGCCACCAUGCAAUCUAUGCAGAGACAGUUCGGGAAAUUACUCCACAAGAGCCCUGGAGAUAAUGCCCGAGUCGCUGUUUUAUUAAACGACUACGAGGAUGCCGACAGAGUUCUUGCUAAGAUCAUUGACCACACCAAGUCAUGGCACGAAUCCUGGGUAAGCCUGGCUAUGGCGCAACUAGGCAUAGUCACCGAGUACGACGGCCUCUGGGACCCAAUAGUUGGUGCUACCGAUGGUCAUGGAACAACAGCUGUGCCGACCCCGGAUCUCCAGCUCGAACGUACCCUAAGGUUGAAACAGGCUUAUACUGAGCUUAAGGCAGAAGUACUGGAGGAAGUAGGUCUCAUUGAAUCUACAAUAAUUAAGCCCGCUACCGACGCCCGCGACUGCAUUGCGCCCUUAAGGAAGACCAUUAAGAAGCGGGAAAACAAAAGGUUAGAUUACGAGAAGUGCCAAGACAAGGUCAACAAAUUGCAGAGGAAGGUCUCUCGAACUCCCAAGGAAGAUGCUGCUCUGGCCAAAGCCGAAACCGAAGUUGCGCGAACAGCUGAGGAAUUCGAGAUUGCGGACUCACAUCUAAGAGAAACAUUACCACCUCUCGUGGCCGCGACUUUCAGCAUAAUACCGCCGCUCAUAGCAGGAGUGGUUGUAAUUCAGAAUAGACUGCUCGGCCUGUAUUAUACCACGCUUCACAACUAUUGUCAAGACUAUGACUUUCCAUCGCCGCCACCACCCAUGGAAAGUGUCAUAUCCAUGUGGUCGGGUGCUUAUGAGCCCGUCAAGCGCGAAGUCGAAUCCAUAGCAUGCAUCGCAACGGGUAAGGCCGUCCGACAGCCUAUGAAACUUCCAGACGAUCCAAGCAACAUCAACAAUAAUAAUAACGAUCGCAAACCAUCCACUUCGUCCGCGACUUCCUCCACCGCGGAGAACGGCUUUCACCGUUCACCGUCUGGGCUCAUCGGCUCCAGUAACUCCGCACCACCUCCAGCUGGCCCACGGCCAAAACGAAUCCCUUCGUCAGCCUCGAUAGCGUCAUCCCAAGGAAGUAACACAAUACAACCAAAGCCGAAGCCGUCGUUUGCUAUCGGCAAUCAUCUCACGCCUACAGACUUUACCACAGCAUCUCGACUCGGCCAGGGACUAACACCAGCGAUAUCACCUGGUUCCACUCAACCACGAGCAGAUUAUUUCGGACGCCCUUCCCCGACGCCCACAAAUGCAUCCAGCACGUCGUUCAACGCAGCCGCUAGCGCAGCCGCCAUUGCCGUCAAGAAGAAACCUCCCCCGCCCCCACCGCCGAAGAAGAUAGGCGCAAACCGGCUAGAGGAGUUCGUAAUUGCCCAGUAUGAUUUCGUUGGGCAGAACGCAGGCGACCUGUCCUUCCGCGAAGGCGAUAGGAUAAAAAUCGUCAAGAAGACGGGCACGGAUCAGGACUGGUGGAUGGGCGAGAUAGACGGCGUCCGGGGCAGCUUCCCGGCAAAUUACUGCAAGGCAGCUUAGCAGGUAGCGCGUCUAGAGCAGAUCCCAGCUAUGUUAGGUUAGGUAAGUAACUAGAAAUUCGGAAUAAAAUGCAGGUAUCCGGAACAUGCGGUGUUAUAUAUAUUUAAUGAGUAUCACUUCGUUUCUAUAAUGGUGGUCUAAAGGGGGGGUUCCUUCUACUUGCUCUUUCAGUCAUGUCUAAAUAAACGGAUAAGGCUGGGCGGAUGGGUAGAUGGAUGGAUAAUGAAAUGGGAAAAGAUUUACGGUCCUUUAUAAUAGGAUACGCAUACCUUUGGUAUUUAUAAGUAUAAAAGGGAGAAAAGAAAAAAAGAAGAAAAAAGAAAAAUUGGGGUUCAAGUCAAUACAAUAGUACUUCUUCUAGUCUUCACUGCAAAUAAUGGCGUGAGGUCAGAGUAUGAUAUGAUGAAGUAUUGAUGCUUCAAAAAUAUUGAUGCUUCAAAAAUAUAUGCAUUCAGUCUGCUUAGUUUUAGGUAUUUACGUCCGCCUAACCUAACCUAACCUAGCACUCAACCAAGAGAGUCAGUCACUCAAUCACACCUACUACUCCUCCCCAUCAAAUAGAUAAAUAUCUUCAUUUUCCAUUUCCGAAACCCAGCAAAAGCACAGACCAGCCCAUUUCCAAUAUCA